UCAAGUCCCUUAGAGUUAUUACACUUUCUGGUGGUAAAAAGCUAAUGGUUUUUCCAAACAUUGUGGAAAAUAUGGAAGGAUUAAGAGGGGUUUAUUUGGAUAGAACAUCUACCGGAGAGCUUCCGGCAUCAACUGAACGGCUCGGUUUAGAUUUCAACGACUGCAAAAGACUUGUCUAUCUUCCAGACACUACCAUCAAUUUGGCAACCCUUCAGUGGCCCACUCUCUACGGGUGCUCAAAACUUUCUACGUUGCCAGAGGACUUGUGGUAUUUGAGACACUUUGACGUAGACAGAACUCUGGUAUACAUCAAGACAACAAUCAAGGACCAACGGUUCCCCCCCAAAACAGCGAUGUUGCAGAACUUUGGGCGAUAUGGCCGAGUUCCGGAGCAGUGCAUGAGUAUCCGGGGCUAACCUAUUAGAAUCAGUAUCAACGGUGUACAAAGAGGAAACAUGCAAAGAGCACAAAUCACAACAAAACAUGUAAGUAAUUUGUCCCAAAAAAUGUCUCCAAAAUUUGAAGUUUACUUAGUAUUUGGAUAUUGUAGGCAUUUCAUCUUAGAUUCUGUACUUUAUAUAUGUGCGUGCGCGUGUGCGUGUGCGUGUGCGUGUGCGUUUAGUGUAGUUCAUAAAUCCCAAAGCAAAGGGGGAAAAAACAGAGAAAGAGCCAAAAACAGACGGACACGAUGUUUCCAAGGAUGAAACAUGAAUCAAUUCCUAGUUAGAAUUGAUGAUUCCAAGGAUGAAACAUGAAACAUGAAUCAAACUUGUGCUUUGCAUUGCAAGUUUGCAACUAGAAGGCUAGCCGACCAUCUUUCUCCAGCUGCAAUCAAUCUUGAGCUUGCUAAUGGCUUAUCCUUCUUCUUCUUCGUCUGGCCCUGCCUUCCGUUGGAUAUAUGAUGUCUUCCUUAAUUUUAGAGGCGAGGACACUCGCAAGAUAUUUGUCAGCCAUCUAUACAAAGCUCUGGUUCAGAACUCAAUCAACACCUUCAUCGACGCCGAAAAGCUUAGGAAAGGCUACGACCUUUCACAGCUACUGUCAGCUAUUAAUGGCUCAAGGCUUUCGAUUGUGGUUUUUUCUCAAAACUACGCUUCUUCCACAUGGUGCUUGAAAGAACUUGUCCAAAUCCUGGAAUGCAUGGAUACACAGGAACAGAUUGUGGUGCCCAUUUUUUACCAAGUUAGUCCAACUCAUGUUCGUAAACUCCAGCAAAGUUUUGCAGAAAGUUUUUCUAAACAUGAACAGGAUUCUAACACCGGCAUGGAAGAGCUAUGGAGCUGGAGGUCCGCUCUAACUAGAGCAGCCAAUUUAUCUGGCUGGGACUCACGAGAUUACAAGGAUGAUGCCAAGCUUAUUGAGGACAUUGUACAAGACAUAUUCAAGAAAUUGAUCAACAUACCAUCAAGUGAAAAGAAUGGCUUGGUUGGAAUGGAUCCCCACUUACAGAAAAUGGAUUUGCUGUUAUGUCCUCGGGUGGACGAUGUUCGCCUUGUCGGAAUAUGGGGUAUGGGUGGUAUAGGCAAAACCACCAUUGCUAGAGCUGUUUAUGACAAAAUCAAACAUCAAUUCGAUGCUAGUUGCUUUCUUGAAAAUGUCAAGGGACGUUUCCCAGCGGUUGAUGCAGGUGAAGCACCAGUAAAUAUGCAGGCAGAACUUCUAUCUAGUGUCACAAACAACAAGGUUGGGAGUUCGGACAUUUUGAGUUAUGGUUUCCAGGUGAUGUUGGAAAGGUUAGGUAAGAAAAAACUUUUACUUGUUCUUGAUAAUGUCGACAAUUCAGCCCAAAUUGAAGCCUUAAUUGGAAAGCAACCGUCAUUUGGUGGCAAAAGUCGAAUCAUUAUUACAACCAGAGAUAAACAAUCACUAAGUAGAGUUGGUGAGAUCUAUGAGCCCGAGUUGUUAAAAGAUGAUGAGGCUCUUGAACUCUUUAAGCAGUAUGCUUUCAGUACAAAACAACCCACGGGAGAAUACAAUGAUCUGUCAAGCCAUUUCAUAAAGUAUGCUCAAGGUCUGCCUUUAGCACUAAAAGUCUUGGGAGCUUUUCUCGAUAACAAAAGCGUACUUGUGUGGAAAGAUGAGUUAAAGAACAUCAAGAGAAACCCGCAUGAGGGAAUUCAGAAAGUUCUUAGAACAAGCUUUGAUGGGCUAGAUAGUUUGCAGAAGGAAAUAUUUCUAGAUAUCGCUUGUUUCUUUAAACAAAUGAAAAAAGACUACGCAACAAGGAUUAUGGAGGGUUGUGGCUUCCAUCCCCAUACUGGAUUAGACGUGCUAGUUGGUAGAGCUCUUGUAGCUAUCUCAUCUGAUGGUAUACUCGAGAUGCAUGAUUUACUAGAGGAAAUGGGUUGUGAAAUAGUACGUCAAGAAUCUAUCAAAGAGCCUGGGAGGCGCAGUAGGUUGUGGAACAAUGAAGAUGUUCGUCAUGUGUUAACUCAUAAUACAGUGAGACAUAUAUUCAUGACCUCUCUUUUUCUUUUGUAGUACUCACUAGUAGAAAGGCUAAACUUUGAUCAAAAUCCAAUUCAUGAAAACAUGCAUUAGCUUUAUAAUUUUCAAAAAGUUUAUGUAUAUUUGUACUACCUUAAUUUUCAAUCUUUGGUUAUUCAGGCUACUGAAGCAGUUGAAAGCAUAGUUGUGGGUUGGCCAGACUCAGACAAUGUGGUACAGCUAGAUACAACUAUUUCUAAAAUGACUGAACUAAGACUACUUAGAGUUCACUCAUACUAUGAUCAACGGGAGUGUAAGGACUUAAAGUUUCUCUCUGAAAAGUUAAGUUGUCUCUUCUGGCACAAAUGUCCCCUAAAUUCUUUAUCGUCCAAUUUUAACCCGGAGAAUCUUGUUGAUCUUGACAUGCAAUAUAGUUGGGUUGAACACCUUUGGAAAGGAACUAAGUCUCUAGAAAAGUUGAAAGUUAUCAAUUUAAGAGGCUCUCAUCGUCUUAUGGAAACACCCGACUUCACCAAGGCGAAAAAUCUUGAGAAACUUAUUCUUGAGGGUUGUACAAGUUUACAUGAGGUUCACCCAUCCAUUUCAGCCCUUGAAAAACUUGUCCUCUUGGAUCUAAGUUGUGCAACAACCUCUAUACUUUUGCAAGCAGCAUUUGUAUGAAAUCUCUUGAAACCUUGAAUCUUUCUUUUUGCUCAAACAUUGAGAAGUUUCCAGAUAUUCCAGAAGUUAUGGAGAACCUUUCGGAGCUUUAUUUGCAAGGUACUGCAAUAAGGAAACUGCCCAGUUCAAUUAACAAUCUUACAGGUCUUGUUGCUUUGAACCUUGAAUAUUGCAGAGAUCUUGAGAUUCUUCCAAGAAGCAUUGUUCGACUCAAGUCCAUUAAAUUUCUUAAUCUUUCUGGUUGUUCAAAGCUUGAGGUGUUUCCAAAAGAUGUAGGGAAUAUGGAAGGAUUAAGAGAGCUUCGUUUGGAUAAAACAUCUAUUAGAGAGCUUUGUCCAUCAAUUUCAUCUCUUAAAAACCUUGAGAGUUUGAGUCUGGAACAGUGCAAAGAACUUCGUAGUCUUCCAAGCAUCAUUCAUAUGAGAUCUCUUCGAACCUUGAAUCUUUCUUGCUGCUCAAAUCUGUAUCAGUUUCCAGAAAUUCUUGAAGUUAUGGAGAACCUAUUGGAGCUUAACUUAGAUGACACUGCAAUUUCAGAACUGCCCUCGUCCAUUCAGAAUUUGACAGGACUUGUUACUUUGAACCUGAAGGGUUGCAGAAGAUUAAAGAUUCUUCCAAGCAGCAUUCAUUGGAGAUCUCUCCAAACCCUUAAUCUUUCUGGCUGCUCAAAUCUGAAGAAGCUUCCAGAGUUUCAAAAAGUUAUGAAGAACCUAUCAGAGCUUCAUUUAGAUUGGACUACAAUUGAAGACUCACCAAUUGACGAUCAUAUGAGAUCUCUUCGAACCUUUGGCACCCAAGAUCUUGAGAACUUUCGUGAGUUUUCAGGAGAUAAGAAAGAUCCAUCAUGGCUCGGUUUAAAUGGGAUUGCAAUUGUAGAGUUGCCCUCGUUAAUUUAUAAACUUACGGGUCUAGUUACUUUGACGCUACGGUAUUGCAAAUACUUCAAGGGUCUUUCAAGCAGAAUUUGUCAGCUCAAAUCCCUUAGUUAUCUCUCUCUCUCUGGUUGUACAGAGUUUUCGGUGUUUCCAGACAUUGUAGAAAAUAUGGAACAAUUAACCGGUCUUGAUUUGGACAGGACAUCUAUCAGAGAGCUUCCCCCAUCAAUUGAACGCCUUCGGGGGCUUGUGUCAUUAAAUUUGAGAAACUGCAAAAGCUUCGUCUAUCUUCCGGACAGUACCUGUAAUCUAUUAAAUCUUGAAUGGCUCACUCUCAAUGGGUGCUCAAAACUUUCUAGAUUGCCUGAGGACUUGUGGUAUUUGAAGCGUCUUGACGUGAUGGGAACUGGCAUACAUAAGGACAACAAUCAUGGUCCAACCGGCUCCCACCCAAAAUUGCAAUUUUUCAGCACUUUGGGGGAAUUGGCUCAGUUUCGGGGCACUGCACCUUUGAGUAAUGUGGUGGACUCAAGCUGUGAGGAAAAGGAGGCAGUGGGUGUUGGGGCAAGUUUGAAUGAUCCUGAGGAGUCAAGCUAUGUGGAAGGGAAGGAGGAGGAGGCGGUCGCUGUUGGAGCAAUUUUGAGUGAUCUUGAGGAGUCGAGCCAUAAGGAAGAGAAGGAGGAAGAGGAGAAGAAGGUGGUGGCACCCUCCAGGAGAGGUGGGAGGAUAUGGUGUUGCAUCUGUGGGGAACUUGGCACCAAAACUACAUGAAGAUUGAGUUGAGUUAAAAUAGUAGGGAAUUGGGAGGAGGAAAGAAUGAGGAUUUGGCGGAAUGGAGUUUGCGACUCUGUCGAGUUUUGAGUUGGUGGUUAAUUUCUGUAAUUUGUGCCGCUGUGAGUCACUGAUAUUUGGUGUGUUUCGUUUUGAUUGCUCUUGUGUUUAGCUUUUCAUUGCGAAGUUGGCUCCUGUUUGUCAGCCCAUAAUUCUAUUAAUUUGUGUCUGUUAACUUUAUGUUUUAUGUUCGGACCUAUUUUGCAGAAAUAAGUCGAUAAUGUCGGUACUCACUGCCGAAAUGUGCAAAGUAUCAAUAUCCCCACUGUAAAUGGUGACUGCAAUAUAAGCUACACUGGGUCAAAUUCUUUCUUCU